AUGAAUGAGUGUUCAAAUGGACGACUGGUGUCGUUCCUGAUUGAAGGAGACGACGUAGUUUCGUGUGAAGUGUGCCUGGAGCCUUUCCAACCGCUCACCAGACCGCCCAAGAUUCUCCCUUGUGGUCACAACUUUUGCGAUCAGUGUCUCUUCAGUCUCUGUUGCCAUCAGCAGUACUAUUUGCUCGAUUCAAUCAAAUGUCCCACAUGCCGCACUUCCUUCCCUACUAAUGUAGCUAUCGAAGCUCCCACCAACUGGGAUCUCUGUAGUAAGUAUCAGAUACUUCACUCUAUGUGUCAUCUUCAAAAGGAGAUUCUCGAGAAUGUGCAAAAAGGAAGAGAAAUGAAUGUGACAGUAAUCCAUGUGCCGGAUAUGCCGCCUCGAGUACUGCCAGAGACCUCUCCACCUUCUACGAAAAGAAAAGGAAUCCUCAAUAGGACGAUGUCAAAGACACAAAAAGCCAAAUGUGGAGACUGUUCUCGCAAACUAUCGCCAAAGAUCAUUGGAAAAGCGGCGAGAUUCUGCCAGGAGUGCAAUCAAAACGAGAAUGUUACCUUCACCUGUCUCGAGUGCUGCGUGAAUAUGCACAACGGUCACACUCUUCUUUCAAUGUCGCAACUCCAAGCUGAACAGCUUAAAACAGUUCCCGUCAAAGUAAACUCUGACUGUUCUCCCUGUCUUUCACCAGUCAAUCGAUUACAACAGGUACUGGGAGAGUUACGAGAGCUACGUAGGAGACUUGUCGAUGCCCUUUCAUCUACCCAUCCAGUCCCUAAGGGAUGGUCCGGUGAGGAUGUCAAGGAUCUUCUUUUCUCAACGUCCAGAGAAACUUUACAAGCUGACGAUGAAACACUUACCAAACUUGAUAGUGCCAUUCAAAUGGUCGAAUCGUCCACUGUGAUCUGUCCCAAGAAAUUGAGUGAUGUUCCCAUUGACCAGCUCUUCCUUAUCGCGGACGCUCUUCUACAAUGUUUCUGCCAAGCGAAUUCUCUUUCGAGGAAGAAGCCGCAGUUGGCGAAUUCAACUCCUGUUUCCAGGAAAGCAAUAUGGAAAUCCAUUCAGUUGGCUUACACGGAACUCAUGAGGCAUGCAGCAAAGGCAAGCUGUUUCAGCGUUUCACCGAGCAAAGGAAUCUUUAAUAAAAAAUGGGACUUUCAGAAUUUUCUGUCGUACGAACCGGAACGAAUCGCUAUUUUGGACGAUCUGGCUUAUCUCUGUAACAUUUACGCAGACGUCUGUGAUCAGGCCACUGUCACCAUUUGUAUGAUCGAAGCAGCAAGAGGCAGAAUCUCCGAAGAAAAGCUUCCUGAACCAGAGCGGAAGAAGGUCGCUCAGCGUCUCAAGGAGAUCGAUGAUCACCUCCUCGAAUGUCGACGGCUACAGAAGCUCCAAGACCUUCGAACAACAAAAACUAAGAAGCCUAAGAAGCUGAAAUGGCUUUGGAGGUUUCUUUUUCGACGUUCAAUGAAACAUGCAUGA